GCGUCCGCCCCUCGCGUCCGCACCGCGGGUGGAGAGGCCGCCGGCUCUGCGAGGCGGGCGCACCGCCCGGAAAGGCGCCCGAAGCCGCCCGCCCCCCGGGCUGGCGCCGCGGGCAUGUCGGAGGCGCGGAAGGGGCCGGACGAGGCGGACGAGGGCCAGUGCGACUCGGGCAUCGAGUCCCUGCGCUCCCUGCGCUCCCUGCCCGAGCCCGCCCGGGCCCCGGCCCCCGCGCCCCGGGGCGGCCCGCAGCCCCGGACCCCUCCUCCCGGGACCGACGCCGAGCCACGGGAGAAGGGCGACGCGGACGGGGAGCGGGCCGACUCCACCUACGGCUCCGCCUCGCUCCCCGGGCCCCUGCCUCUGCUGGGGGGGCCCGAGGGCCGGGGCCCGGCCCCCGGCGCGCCGCCGCCCCCCGCGGGGACCCUGAGCCCUCAGCAGCUGGAAGCCCUCACCUACAUCUCGGAGGACGGAGACACGCUGCUCCACCUGGCAGUCAUCCAUGAGGCCCCAGCUGUGCUGCUCUGUUGCCUGGCUGUGCUGCCCCAGGAGGUCCUGGACAUCCAGAACAACCUGUAUCAGACAGCACUCCAUCUGGCUGUUCAUCUGGACCAGCCAGGCGCGGUCCAGGCACUGGUGCUGAAGGGAGCCAGCCGCCUGCUGCAAGACAGACAUGGGGACACAGCGCUGCACGUGGCCUGUCAGCGCCAGCAUCUGGCCUGCGCUCGCUGCCUGCUGCAGGGGCAGCCAGAACCGGGCCGAGAGCCAUCCCACCCCCUGGACCUCCAGCUGCAAAACUGGCAAGGCCUGGCCUGUCUCCACAUCGCCACUCUACAGAAGAGCCAGCCACUCAUGGAGCUGCUGCUCCAGAACGGAGCUGACAUCGAUGCCCAGGAGGGCACCAGUGGGAAGACUGCCCUGCACCUGGCUGUGGAGACGCAGGAGCGCAGCCUGGUGCAGUACUUGCUGCAGGCGGGCGCGCGGGUGGACGCCCGCAUGCUCAAUGGCUGCACACCUCUGCACCUGGCGGCCGGCCGGGGCCUCAGGGCCAUCUCCUCCACGCUGUGCGAGGCUGGCGCCGACUCCCUGCUGCUCAACGUGGAAGAUGAGACGCCUCAGGACCUGGCGGAUCCCCUGACUCUUCUGCCCUUCGAUGACUUGAAGAUCUCAGGAAAGCCACUGCUGUGUGUUGACUGAACCCAGGGCCCUGAGGGCUGUGCCUCUCCCGGUCUGGAUGCUGCAGUUUAGACAGAAGCAAUUCUGGUGUCCUAGGGACUGCUGAGGCCCAAUCCUGGGGCCAAGGCCAGGACAGUUGGGAGUUGAGAGCAAGGAUUGCAAGUGAGCAAAGGCUGUUGUGGAAGAAGAGCUCCCCGCAUGGACUGGAUUGAUAUGUUUGGAAGACCCCCUAAAGCCCUAGCUAUCCACAGGGAAGCCCAGUAGUCUCUGUUGAAGAUGGCAGGGUGGGUCCCCUCUUUCUACCCAUGUUGGAUCAGACUGAAACUGCCAGGCAGCAGGAAAACAUGGAUUCCUCUGAAUAAGAAGAGACUGCAGGAGGAUUAAGGGAUGGACCCAAGGGACUUACCUAAAACACUGAUGUCUGAAGACUUCUUACACAAAGCCCUGAACUUUGGGAAGAGAUAGUUCAGUAACAUGACACUAAAAUGGUAGACUUUCACAAUG